UUUUUUUAACAACCAGCAAAUUCUUUAUAAAAAAUGAAAAUAACGCGUUAUAAGAAAUCGCAUAAAACUUUAAUGUUUUUUGCAACACAUUUCAGUUAUCGUGAACCUUAUCAGGUGCUUGUAGAUGCCACAUUUUGCCAAGCAGCUUUAGUGAAUAAAGUUAUAAUCGAAGAACAAAUUAAAAAAUACUUUCAAGCACAAGUAAAACUUCUAACAACACAGUGCAUUAUUUUGGAGGCAGAAUCAUUGGGAGCCCCGCUUACGGGAGCGACAAAAAUUGUUAAACAAUUUUUUGUGCACAAAUGUGGUCAUGAAGGAAAACCUAUUACGGCUGCAGAGUGUAUUAAACAAAUGACCAAAGAUUCUCGCUAUAUAGUAGCUAGCCAAGAUCGUGCUUUACAAGGUAGUCUACGCAAAGUUCCUGGACGUUGUUUAUUAUACCUUCAUAAAGCUGCUCCAGUUUUGGAGGCUCCCUCAGAUGCUUCCAAAAAAUGGGUGCACAAAAAAGCCAAUAAUCUUUUACCUCAAGAGGCUGAAAAGAAAAUCGAUUACUUGAAACAAAAGGAAGGUUUAGUUAAAAAGGAAGCGGAUCAGCCCAAACGUAAACACAAAGGUCCCAAGAAUCCCAAUCCCUUGUCCUGUAAAAAAAGUAAAAAACAAAUACAAUUUGAACAGCAACAACUGCACAAAUCUAAAGACCAGGUUAAUAGUAACAAUAAUGUACAUAAAAUUGAUGAUAAGAGUAAAACCGAUAUGAAACCCAAAAGAAAACGGAUUAAGCUGUCGGCUCAUAUUAAGGAAGUUUUUAAGAAUAAAGCGUAAUUAAUUUUUAAAGCAA